ACAAUGAGCGCAGAAGCUUUUAUUUGGCUACCAUUGUAAUGUCUUCCCAUCCGUUUAAUUCAACGGUUUUCUCAUCAUACAAAAAUUACCGCUACAUGAGAAAAAAUCUCAUUAACAUAACAAUAAUCGUAUCAGCACUAACAGGAGAGAUCGAUCUAUACGCAUGCGCACUGGUGCUUAUCUUAAUGAAAGGCGCUUAUUACAAACACAAUAACAGUCCGUGGUAACGUGUUUAUUGAUGUGACCACGUCCACACGGGUAAACCGAUGUAUAGCAUGCCACGGACUUUCCUGCUCUGGCGAGAAGAACCGACAUCAGGAAAAAACGACAGUUGUCAUCCAGAAAAUAAAGAAUAUUAUUUGAUAGACUCUGCUGCUGAAGCAGGUGUUUCCCUGAAGCCUGACAGACGAGUUUUUGAAGGAGAAAACAUCAUGGAGAAAAACAGUACAAACAGAAUGACCAUUGAAAUAAAACCGCUUCAGGAGAGAAAUAGUUCCAAUCCACCUCAUCUGAAAAAUGCAAAAGUUUUGGGGAAAUCUCGCGAGGGAAAUUCUCGCCAGUCCUCGUUAGAUAUCCUAGCAACAGCGGCUGCGCAGUGUUCCUCUACAGAAUGUACUGAUCCACAUGAAAGCGAAAGAAAAAGAGAGAAAAACUCAGAAAGUUGUGAUCUUGAGAACGUUGUCCCAUUAAAUUUUCAACAAAAACUUCCAUCAUUUGCGACGUUGGCAUACAAUAUGGUCCGUAACUUUCAAACAAAGCCCAUGUCUGAAAAUAUUCGACAAGAGAGGGAAAAUCAAACGACCCCAAGGCCAGGAAUCCUUUCUGCGUCGUCUCAAUCUUCCUUAGCGAUAACAGGUAUGAAAAAAUCACCCCGAAAAUCGCCAAAAAAGAAUUCAGCUAAAUCUGGUCGAUCAGUUACUCAUGGAAAAGAAAAUAUACCUACGUCCACAAAUGGCGAAAACAAGGUCAUGCAGGAUGCAUCAGACACAAUACGUUCAGCCAGAGAGACAAACAUCUCCAAUGCUUCGGCAGAAUAUCUGAAAAUGACAAACAGUAAUGUUAAAGUAACUGAGCACAUUUGUAAAAAUUCUACCAAUAGUCCUACAGAUGAAGCGAGAGUUGUUCUAAAACCGAAGAUCUGGAAUCCUCUUUUUCACGAAUACACACCCAAGAAACAAAUCUCAGAUAAAGACUUAAUAAUAAAGACAGAGCCUGUGUCCGAUCCCCCAGAUUCUUUUCAUCAGAUCAGUGUUGUAGAAACGCCUGCUAUGCCAGUUACCAAAAGAAGUCUCAUCAAACAUACAGUGGAAUCCAUGAUAAAGAAAGAAGAACCGUCCGUAGACGACUCCAACGUGACCAUUAAGCGUCUUCUGCCUAGACACGAAGAAGAACCAAAUGCCAAGAAAAUAAAGCUUGAAAACAGUACACCUAGUGUAAUGCAGCUGACUCAACCUUUAACUGAGAGCAAAACUCCAUCCAAAUUCCCCAUCAUCAAAGCAGAAUAUCCAACCUUGUACAAGAUCCCUGCAACGCCAACCCGUAUGUCUCCUUACUUUCAACGCGUAUUUGAACCCUCACCCAAAACAUUCGCUGAUGUUGCAUUGCGCCCUCUUAUGCCACCACUGCAACGUUGCGCCCUAUCACCAUUCAGUCCAUCAUUUGGGAGAGCAGAUAAUCUGAUGACCCCUGAACUUUAUAAAUCCCCCCUCUUGGUUCAACAUAAAAUUGAUCCGACUUCGUCACAGAGUAACUUGGAUACACCUUUAAAAUCAGCACCAGUUUCUGUCUAUGGGUCGCCUUCUGUGACGUCAUCAAAGUUAGAAUCGCCAGUAUCCCGACCAAACGAAUCCGUCUUCGCUGUUGAAAACAAGCCAUCAUUGGCUAGGGUGUUGGCGCCAAAAUUUGCAGACCUUAAAACCAAGCCUGAAAAAAUAACCCUCUCGAACGAGCACUCUGCUGUGGUGGAGCUGGUAAAUGGAGGUUUUGGAAUCAAGAACCCCUCGUAUAGUGCACCCAAACCCUCCGACAUAACAAAUAUUCAACAAGAUUUGGAGACUGGUAAAGGGAAAUACGUCUGUAAGAUCUGUUCUAAAGAAUUUGGAUUACAGCGCUUAUUGAAUCGCCACCUGAAGUGUCACAGCGAUGUCAAAAGGUACCUGUGUACCUUUUGUGGUAAAGGCUUCAACGAUACGUUUGAUUUGAAACGUCACACUAGAAUCCAUACAGGAGUGAAACCUUAUUCAUGUAGCGAAUGUGACAGAUCAUUCACACAAAGAUGUUCUCUAGAAUCACACUGCCGGAAAGUCCACAACAUGGAUGUAACUUUCGCCUACAAACAGCGGAGAAACAAGAUCUACGUGUGUGAGGAGUGUGGCCAUUCCACACCUGAUGCUAGCAAUCACUUCGUUCAUCUCCGAGAAAACCACCCGAACAAUCCUGCGCUUUCAAAGUAUCACGACAGACGUCAAUUCAAAUUCUCCAUGGAGAAUCAACAGAACAUCCAAUUGCCGCGAACGUGACCAAACAGCAAAGACAAAUUCCCAACCCCGCCAAUCUUACCGAUUUAAUGAGCAGCUUUAAUGUUAAUGAAAUGUAUAUUUUCCUCUAGUCAUUUCUGAUAAUUGUACAGUUUUAGUUCAUGGUGCUAAAUGCAUGUUCGCGUAACUGUUUCAAGAGUGGU